GGAAGUAGACAGUCUGACAGACAGAGUCGAUGUUGUGUUUUAGCGGAGAGUAAUAAACAACCAACUAUUAGAUAGAUAACUGCGGCCGUGUACACACUACACGCUGUCAAUGGUCAGGAUGAGUGUGAAGCAGUGUCUGGAGGGUCAGGUGUACUCUGUGCCUCUGAUACAGUCAGACCUGAGGAGGGAGGAGGCUGUUCACCAGAUAGCAGACACCCUGCUCUACCUAGAGACUAUCUCUACUGACAUCUUUACCAGGGUGUCUGAGAGUGUAGAGCGGAACCGCUGUCAGCUGCAGAGUGUGACAGAUCGAAUCAGGCUAGCCCAGGCCCGUGUCAACAAGAUCAAAGGCAGCAAGAAGGCCACCAAGGUGUUCUCCAGUGCUAAGUAUCCAGCUCCAGAGCGUCUCCAGGAUUACUCCUCCAUCUUCAGUGGAGCCACAGACCCCGCCUCCCAAACACGCCCCCGAUACCACAUACAGGCCAAACUACAACCCCUUGAUGACAAGGCCCUGCAGGAGAAGUUGUGUUAUUACCCGGUGUGUGUGAGCAGUAAGAAGCGUUCGGAGGAUGAGACCGAAGAGGGGCUGGGCGGUCUGCCUCGAAACAUAUCCUCUGUCAGCUCCCUGCUGCUCUUCAAUACUACAGAGAACCUGUAUAAGAAGUUUUUCCUGGACCCCCUGGCUGGGGCGGUGACUAAAACACACACCACUCUGGAGACAGAGAAAGGAAGAGAAACCAUUUGACGCUCCCUAUCCAUAACCAAGAGAGAACAGCUGGAGAGACAGACAGCAGAGAGCUACUUCUAUGUUCCAGACCUGGGUCAGGUCCCAGAGAUAGAUGUCCCGUCCUACCUACCAGACCUGCCAGGCAUUGCUGACGACCUGUCCUACAGCCAAGACCUGGGCCCGGCAUCGCCACCCUCUGGACCCACACACACCUUCCCUGAACUACCCUCCUUCUCUGGGGAGGACAUGCCCGUUUCUCAAUUCCAAGUUGCAGUCCCGCCUCUUCCCCCACCUCCUCCUCCCCCACCAGAGCCCACACAUAUCCCCACCCCUCCCCCUGGUCUCCCCCCUCCUCCACCUCCUCCCCCACCUCCACCUGCAAAUAGCCCUGCAGACGCCAGCACAGCUCCUGUAGUGGGCGCUCCCAGCGAGGUGGUUGAAUCAAACAGCCGGGCCAGUCUACUAGAGUCCAUACGCAACGCUGGAGGCAUUGGCAAGGCCAAACUACGCAACAUCAAAGAACGCAAGAUGGAGAAAAAAAAACAGAAGGAGCAGGAACAAGUGGUAGCAGCAGCCAGUGGAGGAGACUUCAUGUCAGAUCUCUUCAAUAAGUUGGCCAUGCGAAGGAAAGGUAUCUCUGGUAAGGGUCCUGUAGGUGGAGACUCAGGGGAGGGCACAGCUGGCUCUGGCAGCGCAUUCGCUAGGAUGUCCGAUGUAAUCCCGCCUCUUCCUGCCCCCCAUCAGCCAACCGCUGAAGACGAGGACGACUGGGAGGCCUAACAACUGACACUAGCCAAUCAGAACCAAUGGAACUGAGCACAUCUAGCUCUAAGCCAAUCAGAGAACAGAAUACUGAGGCGAUUCUGAGGGAUGAAGCUAACGCUUGUUGAGGAGAGGUAAUGCUGUGCUGUCAGUGGGUUGAGUUUCUUCCAGAUGAUAGACAAUGGUGGCAUUCCAGGUCGUAGCAUGACUUCAAUAAAGACCGCAGAUUUUAUGAUUGUUUGACCAUAGUGACGUGGUCCCUACGUUUUGCAAUCAGCCGCACUUUCAGUGUCUGCCAUGUAUUUGACCCAGGUGUGUUAUAUAGUUCAGUGACUCCCUCUGCUGGCUUUCUGUAGUUCUGAUCAACACACAGGAACCAUCACGGACUGAUCUUUACUGAGAAAAUGAAAGGACAAACAACUACAGGAGAAAAGUCAGACCUCAUCUCAGCAUUGUAAAGAUGUUUAAUAAAGUAACAUGUAAAUAUUACAUCAUGUGUCACACCACACUAAAGUAGCAGAACAUUUCAAUCAGAAUGUUAACAAAUUUCAUUCAAUAAAUGGCUUUUUGCAUUUAAAGAAAAACUGUCA